CAGCAGGCUCCUGCUCAUUGUGUCCUGAUUGUUAUGUGGCGGCUAUGCUCUGUCGCCGAGAUGGAGGCGCCUCGAAAGGCAGCCCCGCGGUGAUCAUCAGCGUCCAGAGCCAAGAGACAGAGCGGCUGUCAGGUGUGCGGAUGCUUCUAGCUUGAGGACCCCCACAGUUGCGAAGUUCCUCACCCACCUUCUCAGUGCUUGGUGGUCCUCAGAGAGCUCACCAGAGAAGAAGGGAUGGCUGUCAGCCACCUCCCAGCCCUGGUCCAGGACUUGGUUACCUUCAAGGAUGUGGCUGUGCUCUUCACCCAGGAGGAGUGGGGCUGGCUGAGCUCUGCCCAGAGGGCCCUGUACCGGGACGUGAUGCUGGAGAACUACAGCAACCUGGUCUCGCUGGGACUCUCGAGAUUCAAACCAGAUGUGUUUUGUCACCUGGAGAAAGCAGACAAAUGCGUGACAGAGGAUGCUCAAGAAGGCUUUGUUCCUGGGGGGAUCACAAUGACCACGAGUAAGAAAUUUCUCAGGGCAGAUACCCCUAAAGAAGAAUCGGAUCCAUGGAUAAUGGAGGAGAGAGUCAGCAGAGGGACUCACUGGGAAUGUGCUAACCUGCUAGACUGGAAAUUCCAGGAUGGUCAAGAGGUCAGGUUGCAGCAAGUGGUCCUCACCCAGCAAGACACUCCAUCAAAGCUUUGUGGGCAGAAAGUCCCGGCAUCUGAGAAGGGCUGCACAGGGAACUCGCUACCCGUCCGAAGUCAGACAUCUCAAGCAAACAAAAAAGUGUUUGAAUGCAGUGAGUGUGGAAAGGCCUUCUCUCAGAGUUCCACCUUUAAGACACACCAGAAAAUUCACACUGAAAAACUCAGCACCAGUCAGGAAACGCCUAUUAAAGAAAAACGCUACGAAUGUAGAGAAUGUGGGAAAGCCUUUCACCAGAGUACACACCUCAUCCAUCACCAGAGAAUUCACACUGGUGAGAAACCAUAUGAGUGUAAGGACUGUGGGAAGGCCUUCUCAGUGAGCUCUUCGCUUACCUACCACCAGAAAAUCCACACUGGAGAGAAGCCUUUUGAAUGCGAUGUUUGCGGGAAAGCCUUUAUCCGGAACAUACACCUUUCCCACCACCAGAGAAUACAUACGGGAGAGAAACCUUUCCAGUGUGACAUUUGUGACAAAGCCUUUGUUUGCAGAGCGCAUCUCACCAAACACCAGAACAUCCACAGUGGGGACAAACCCUAUAAAUGUAAUGAGUGCGGGAAAGCCUUCAAUCAGAGCACAAGUUUUCUUCAGCACCAGAGAAUACACACCGGAGAGAAACCCUUUGAAUGCAACGAAUGUGGAAAGGCCUUCAGGGUGAACUCUUCCCUCACGGAACACCAGAGAAUUCACACGGGGGAGAAACCAUAUAGGUGUAGUGAGUGUGGCAAAGCGUUCAGGGAUAACUCGUCCUUUGCGCGACAUCGGAAAAUUCACACCGGAGAGAAACCUCACCGGUGUGGCGUGUGCGAGAAAGCCUUCAGGGACCAAUCGGCCCUCGUGCAGCAUCAGCGGAUUCACACAGGGGAAAAGCCUUACGCGUGUCACAUCUGCGAGAAAACCUUCAGUGACCACUCGGCCCUUACCCAGCAUAAGAGGAUCCAUACACGAGAAAAGCCAUACACGUGUAAAACCUGCGGGAAAGCAUUUAUUCGAAGCACACACCUCACCCAGCAUCAGAGAAUUCACACGGGAGAGAAACCCUAUAAAUGUAGCAAGUGUGGGAAAGCCUUCAACCAGACUGCGAACCUCAUCCAGCAUCAGAGGCAUCAUCUUGGAGAAAAAUGAUAUGAAUGCAGCUCGUGUGGGAAUGACGACAUUCACUACUGAAUAUAAGAGAAUACGUAAAGAAUCGCAAUGGAGUCUUUUAAUAGGAUCGUUGUAUUUACUGGGAGCCAAGUUCCAUGGUGCCAUGGGUUUUUGGGAAUGUUAAGGAUGGCAAACAUACCUCUCUUUUUAGUACUGCCUCAGUUGGAAAGUGGUAUUUUUUUAUUGGCCUGAAUUACCAAGUACUAGAACCAAAAUGAAACUUCAUUAAAAGCAUAAAUGUCAGUUUAUCAAGUUCACGGUUUGUUAAGAUAAUUAUAAAGUUAUAAAAAUUAAGGUUGAGAAGCAAAUGAACAAAAAUGUAAGAAAGUGGUCCAUACGCAUUUUGUUCUAGAUGUUCUUCUAUAAGAAAGUUGCCAUCUUUAGUCUCCCCUCACCCACAUCCGUGAUGCCUAGUUUAGAGACGUUGCCAUCAGUCACCCAUGCAUGAGUGGAGUCAUUUAAAUCAUGCUUCUUACGAGUCUGCUUCUGUUUCAGCCACCUUUGGGCAAGUCUCCUGGGCCUACCUGCUAACUUGCUCCUUAUCCGUGUUCUUCCGGGAAGGUUCAUUUGAACCACAUGACCCUCUUCUAACUUAGUUCCAACUAUUACCACGCUCCUUGUUAUCACCACCAUGGACCUCAUUCAUAACGUAGAUCUGAGCUGCAGAAUUGGCAGUGUCCAUUAUACUAGAUUUCACACCCAAAUCCAGCUUCCAGAACUCAAGGUCUCUUUCUCGAGGCAGAGAGUCAUCAAAGGUAUGGUACAAGACCUCAGCUAACUAUGAUACUGGUAAUACCUAAAUAAGGACUUUUACCCUCUGGCCGUUCCAAGCCAUUGUGAAGUUAUACUGUCCACAGGAGUCAGGGGCUUCAUCAGUUUCAAUGGGACAGGCCCUACCAUCUAGUUGUGGUUGAUAUUCCUGGCCACUCCCACUUUGACUCUCCAUAACCGCCAACAUGAGUGAGACAGGGCUUCUAAGGCCAGUUUUCAGAUGCUCUGGCCCAUUACUUGUUCCCCGUCAGUUCUUUGUACCUGACUGCAUUAGAGUGUAUCUGCCUCUCUCAUAUUAUUGGUCUUUGUCGAGCUUUUAUCUGGGUUUCCGAAGGUAUCAAUUCUAUCUAUGUUCUAUAAAAGCCUCUAAUUUCUGCUUAUAUGUUUGGAAGGUCAUUUCUUCUCCACUGUUGGGGCAUCUUACCACUUAAAGACUCCAUUGUUCUGACAGUGUUGGACAAUAUAUCGAGCAGUUCCAUGGGUCCUGAGAUGAACAAUAGCACCAUUGAGAUUCUCUCUGGUCAAGGCCAGACCCAGGCCUAAAGGCUGUGACUGGCUAAUCCUACAGGCAGGUCUUUCGCCGCCAUUAAUCCCUCGAUAUUGUUUUUAGACAUCACAAUCACAAUCACAACCACGCAUCUUUCUGUCUGCAGGCCCUGGGGACACACUUCCACACCACAAAGAACAAGGCAUCUGUACCACCAGUGGUAUGUACUCCACAAUGAAGAGGGAGGAGCCAAUAAACUCAUUCCAGGAGGGACGUUCUGGGUUCCUGGUUUGUGGAAGUGUUGUCUAUGAAGCUGGGUACUCUUGUCCCCUAAACUCCGCCCUCAGUUAAAGAAGAGGAAAUUCUAUAUUGUGUCAGACUCUAGGUUAUUACAUAGAUCUGGAAGCUUCAGGCACCUCAAAACCUGAGUUCAGUUCUCAGCAGUGUGGGCAAGCUUCUCAUGUUAAGUGGCUGAAAUCACAUGUCCUCCAUUGUGCAUCUUGGGAUCAUUGGCAUUUUGGGAGGUUAUGUGGCACUCCCAAGGGUGUGUACCCACACAGCCAUCUGCAAUAUCACAUGACUGGAACUGCAGACUGUGUAUCAACCUGCGGCACCGUGUUCCCUGUUAGUAACACCUGCUUACAGCACUCCAUAUGACCUGGGUCCUGACUCACACAAACCCUCCCUCGCCUUUACCAUGAGUCUCUAAGAGUUUGCAAGUUCCUUUUUGUUUUGUAUUGGUUUGUUUUGAGACAAAGGCUUCUGUAAGUCAGGCCUGUCCAAAACUCACUAAGUCCAAGGCGACCUCAAAUUUAUGGCAAUCCUCCUGCCUCAGGCUCCCAAGUGUCCUGCUAGAGAGUCACAUUUCUCAUUUUGCCGUUCAUCUUUUUGCUGAUAACAAAGUUGCCACCUCCAAAUGGCAAGUACUGUACAUGUGUCAGGGUGACUAUCCCCUUUAUCUUAGUGACAGCCUAAGAGAGUGGCUGCAGUCUCCUUUUCUCUGAGCUCAUCUUCCUCAGGUGUCACUUGCAUGUUUAUGUGUAUCUUGCACUUGCCUGGUACCUGUGGAAGCCAGGAGAGGGAGUUGGAUCCCCCGAUGAAGUUACUUCAUUGCCCAAGUACUAAUGAAAACAAUCAGCAUUUCAUUUCUGUCCAUCUGACACUCAGAGCAGCCCCCAC